GAAAUAAAUAAAAAAUAAAAACCCACCCAAAUGCUCUGUGCACAGUGAAACUUAACUAUCUCCCGCUUUCGAAGCCUCUUCUCUCUCUUUGGCGGCUCUCAAUCUUUCUAGCCCUCAAACCCUAGUUCCUUCCACUUAACUAACUAUACUCUCUCACACACACACUUUACUUUCUUGUGCUUUUUAAUACAUCAUUCUUCAUCUAUGAAUUCUAUUCAUUUGAAAAAUCACAAAAAAAUAACCAACUAAGAAAUAAGAACCUGGUUGUGAAUCGGUGGAGAAUUAGUUUACGGCAAUGGCGGAUUCGUUAGGUCAAAAAUGGAAGAACCGGGAGUUCAAUCUCUCAUCGGUUUCCAACCUCUCUUCCGAUGCUUCUUCCGCUUCUCCGGGAAUUGCUCGCUUCACCUCCGAUGGUCUUCAAAUUCAAUCGGAAUCUCAACAGAUUCCGCUCAAUUUCGAUCUCCAAACUGCUCAGAUAUUCAAAUUAGGUUCCGUUCAAUCGGUUUGCAUUAUGGAAGGCUCUGAUGUCAGUAAAACGGCAUCGUAUUCCACAGGAGUCACUAUCCAGUUUAAAAAUGAGGAGGAGUGCGAGGCAUUCCAUUCUGCAGUUCAACAAUGGAUAAAGGAAGUCAAUGUUCAAGGAAACUUACCGAAUGGAACGUUAGCAACUUCUAAAAGCAAGUUUGAUGAAAAGAUAGAGCCGUCUUCUGCGAAAAUGUAUUUUCAUUAUUAUGGACAACUUCUUCAUCAGCAAAAUAUGUUGCAGGACUAUGUGCGGACAGGAACCUAUUAUGCCGCGGUUAUGGAGAACCGUGCUGAUUUUACUGGCCGCGUAGUAGUUGAUGUGGGUGCUGGCAGCGGUAUUUUGUCAUUAUUUGCUGCUCAGGCUGGCGCAAAACAUGUUUAUGCCGUGGAAGCAUCUGAAAUGGCAGAGUAUGCACGUAAACUUAUAGCUGGGAAUCCAAAACUGGCUCAACGAAUUACAGUGAUUAAAGGUAGAGUUGAGGAUGUUGAGUUGCCAGAGAAAGCAGAUAUUCUGAUAUCGGAGCCCAUGGGCACUUUGUUAGUUAAUGAGAGAAUGCUGGAGUCUUAUGUCAUUGCCAGAGAUAGGUUUCUCACUCCUACUGGGAAAAUGUUUCCUGGGGUGGGAAGGAUUCACAUGGCACCUUUCACUGAUGAAUAUUUGUUUAUUGAAAUUGCCAAUAAGGCCCUGUUCUGGCAGCAACAAAACUAUUAUGGCGUUGAUUUGACACCCUUACAUGGGACCGCAUUUCAAGGAUAUUUUUCUCAGCCUGUGGUGGAUGCUUUUGAUCCAAGGUUGUUAAUAGCUCCCCCGAUGUUCCAUGUAUUAGACUUCACCAAGAUGAAGGAAGAAGAGCUGUAUGAAAUUGACAUUCCUCUGAGAUUCAUUGCCUCUGUGGGCACCAGAGUACACGGGUUGGCAUGUUGGUUUGAUGUACUGUUCAAUGGAAGUACUGUGCAAAGGUGGCUCACCACUGCUCCUGGUUCACCCACAACCCAUUGGUACCAGUUACGCUGUGUUCUCUCUCAGCCAAUUUAUGUCAUGGCAGGGCAAGAAAUUACUGGCAGGCUUCACUUGAUUGCCCACAAUGCACAGAGUUAUACAAUAUAUUUAACAUUGUCUGCUAAAAUGUGGGGUCCUGGUGCCGAACAAGGAGGAAUUCUUCAAACGUCAUCUUGUAAGCUUGAUCUGAAAGAACCCUACUAUAGAAUGUCCCAACCACAAGCUUAUCCAUUAGCCCAAGAUCAACAACCUCAACCACUUGUACAAACACAGUGACUUUUUGACAGGAUAUACAUAUCCAAAAUCAGGAAUUGGAAGAACCCGAAAUAUUGCAACAACCUUCACCUAAUUCAUGUGCUCAGAUUGAUUCGCUGAUACAGAAUAUUUAACUUAAUAACUCCUAACACGAGUGUCUGUUUGUAACAUGAAUUUGCCAUGCGGCAGCAAGUUGGGGGACCCUGUCUUUAUUUGGAUGCCCUAGCCUGUAAAUUCAUCAACAUUAUGUUCUAUCUAUUGUGAUGGUUGGUUAUGCCGCAGAUCUUGUACUCGUUUGCUUAAUUAAAUUUAACCAACAAUAUAUCGAAUCCUUAUGCCUGGCAGGGUUAGGAGUUUUAUGUAUCCGUUGAUCUCAAAUUUUCCUUUGUAUGAUUAGAUGGGGAUAAUUUUAUGGGAAACUUGUAUACCGCUUACACUGGUGGAAAUGCAAACCUGGAGGGUUGCUCAUGUAUUAUUAAUUAUUUAAUUUGACGGUGGGUUUGCAAUAGAAUUUUAUCAAGGGGACUUCUGUUUUGAAAAUUUAA